ACCUCAUCAACUUACUAUUCCAGCUCUCUGAUAUCUAGAUUGAGUAGUUCAAACAAUGUCUUCCUCCAGAUUCACCUCCUCUCUCUACCUUCUAACUCUCUCUCUACUUCUCCAAAAUGUUCUUGGAGUUGACCCUCUAUAUAGUAGCUGUUCAGGCAACGAGAAAUCAACUGCUAACUAUGGCUCUUAUAAAAAAAGCUUGGACGUUCUAAUGAGUUCUUUCUACCAACUUGCACCAGCUAAGGAAGGCUUUGCCCUUGGUUCUUUAGGUCAGAGAAACCUAGACCGACCAUAUGGGCUCGUUCUUUGCAGAGGAGAUGUCUCAUCCUCAGACUGCAGUGCCUGUGUUGCUGAUGCAACCAGGGAGAUCCGCAAGCGCUGCCCAUACGGUAAAAGUGGAUUCAUAGCUUACGAUAACUGUCUACUGAAGUAUUCAAACAAGGACUUCUUCGGCCAGAUUGAUAGCCGAAACAAGAUCUACUUGUAUAACGUGCGAAAUGUGAGCAAUCCAGUGGUAUUUAAUCAGAAGACAAAGGACUUGUUGAGCCAACUGGCAAACAAGGCUUAUAUCGCAAGGAAAAUGUAUGCCGCUGGAGAGUUGGGCCUCGGGGGAUCGAAGAAACUUUACGGAAUGGCUCAAUGCACAAGGGAUCUCUCUAGUGUUGAUUGUAAGAAGUGUCUAAAUAGUGCUAUAAGUGAGCUUCAAGGUUUUUCUGGUGGAAAAGAAGGGGGUAGGGUUACUGGUGGGAGUUGUACGGUUAGGUAUGAGAUUUAUCCAUUUGUUAAAGCUUAAGCUCUUGUGCUGUUCUAAGGGUUUAAUGAUCAACACUAGAAAUAAGUGUUCUAGCUAGCUAAGAACACAUGAAAUUUAAUCUUGAAUAAUUCAAGUGUUUGUUUGAUUUUAAGUCUUAAUAAAGUCCUCCUGUAUUGUUUGAUUAA